AUGUCGAAUAGACAGAAUACGAGAAAGGCUUCCGAGUCAAGAAGAUCUGCUUCUGAUCUUGAUCGCGACGCUAAAGGUGAAGCUGGAAAUCUUAAGAAUCUCUUAACCGUUCAACUACCUUGGAGCAGGGAAGUCGACUCAUGUCGAAAGAGAUGUCGAGAUAUACAUCUCUUACUCCUAUUCUCUCACCCAUUAUCACCUUACGCACAAUCACUGGAUAACUUAUGGUAUCAUACUUCUUAUCUGUUGAUAACAUCCUAUCGAAGCAUAAUAUCAAGUUUAGAAAAAUCAUUACCCCCUCCUCCUUUUCCCUCAAACCCUUCUUCGAAUUCUCGUAGAGGAGGAAGAACAGAUAACAAUCAUACCCAAAACAACAUUGGCCAAAACCAAAAUCAAAACCAGAACGAAUUGAAGAAAUCAUCAACUAGAUUCCGACAAUUCUUAUCAUCAGAAGAAACUUUCUACAAAUCACUAAUUAGUAGAUUGGUUCGGUUUUACGAUUUAUAUGAUAUUAAUGAUUUAUCAAAUUAUCUUUUACAAGCUAGGAUACCAAUUUCCCAAAGUGAACAACAGCAACAAGGACAAGGACAGAGACCAAGUGAAGGAGAUGAGCUCGAUAUUGGUAACAUUGGAAAAGAAGAAAAGAGAGAUAAAUUAUCUUUAAUAUAUAAAGCCGUGAUUUGUCUAGGUGAUUUAGAGAGAUAUAAAGAACAAUACAAUGAAAAGCCAAAAUCAUCAAAAGAUAACAAGCACAAUUCUUCUUCUUCCUCAAGAAGAAGAUUGGUAGGAAAUAAUCAAGAAGAAAAGUUUUCACAAGCUAGGAAAUAUUAUGAGAUCGCUAGAAAACUCUUACCUGAUGAUGGAUCUGCAUUCAAUCAGUUGGCUGUAAUCUCCACUUAUCUAGCUGAUAGUUUCUCAACUACGUAUUACUACUUUCGAGCUUUCGCGAUCAGGAAUGCUUUCAAAGGUAUUGACGGGAUCUUAUAUGAUCAUCUAGGAAAAGCCACCGAACGAUGGAGAGUACGGAGGAGGGAAGAGAAAGAGAGAGACAUCCAAGAUGUUAUUAUGGAUGUCAGAGAUGAAGUGAAAAGAUGGAAAGAGGAAAUGAUAGUUUUAGUGGGAAUACUAUAUCUCAAAGCAGGAUUCUCAUUGCUUCCUACACUACAACCGAAUCUUCUCGGUCGAUUCUCAAGCCUGCUAAAGUCACGUCAGCUUUCUACUGAGGUGAUUGUUCAAUCGGCUGUGAUAGUAAUAGGAUCCCAUUAUCACGCACGUAAUACAGCUGGCUUAGAACAGGAUCCCAAGCUUGUUCAACGAUCACACGAAGCUGAAUUACGUGCUUUAGACUUAUUAUUAGGUGUAUUUGAAGCGAUUAUGCAGAUAGGAAUCGAGGAAUUGGAAGAAUUUCGUUCUACUUUAGGUGGAGAAAGUGCCUUGGAGAUCGAACAAGAUGACGAAGAUGAUGAUGGGAUCGAUACCCAUCUAUAUCAAUAUAUCAGUGCGAUUUUGAGACGAAUACUACCUUCUUUAAGGAUUGUUUCAAAAUGGAUAAAACUUGAUCUUGAAUAUUUAGCUCGUCAACAAUCUUCACCUACACUCAAAUCUUUCUGGACCACUUACAAACGAUUCAUUGAUUCUGUUUCGACUGUUUUCCCUAUUGCUCAAUUGCCUUCAUUGACCGAGCCCUUGGAAGAAGAUAUCGAUAUGAAAGGUUUCUUGCCACUCCAAAGAGGUAUCACAAUUGAAGGUGGAUUCAACAGUGGUGUUAACGAAAUUGAAGGAAACGAUCCCAUUGUCCAAGGAGAAGUUCAUCCCAAUGAAGAGCAGUUGAUGAGAAUCGCUGAUAUCCAAGUAGAUGCUAGAUUGAUCAUGCAAAGUGGCAUUGGCGCAUUGCUUCUCGGUGUUCAACCCUUAGGAUUAGUUCCAGCCGUCUUUGGCGUUCCUAGAGACCAAGAGUCUGACAUCGCCUCUGUAAGCACUGAAACGGAAGAUGAUCCUGUCAAUCUUGCUAUGAGAGCCACUUUAGCUUCGGAAAGCAGUGUAAACGGAGAUGAAGAAGCUGAAGAGAUCAUUGUAUGGGGUAAAAGCCCACUUCCUCCCAAUGUACCUGCUCCUUCGACUAUCGGAAAUAUAUCUGCUGCUAUACCUUCGAAUAAAAAGCCAACAGCGUAUGACCUUCUUCAAAAUCUGAUGUUGGAAAGUACACCUACUCCCCCUGCUCGAUCUACCAUCCUACCUCAAAACCCACCUACCGCAUCUUCCCCUUCAAUGGGUAUAACUUCCUCUGCUUCUCCUCAUCUGCAAGGAGUAGGAAACGAUAAUUUGUCCACUCCCGGUGGAGGAGGGUUGCUAUUCGGUGCUAGUGGAGGUGCAGCUCAAGGAAGUAGUAUUUGGACUAUGACAAGGGAAGAAAGUGAAAAGGGUCAGAAGAGAUCCAGUUUCUCUGGUCAAGGUGCGAACUCCGGAGCGGGUGGGAACGACCUGGCUGCUAUUUGGGGUAAUUCGACUCAAACUGAAACUGCUCCCAACCAUACCAAUAACGUCCCUAUGCUUCCGACAACAAGUUUCUUACCUCAGUUACCUGGCCCUGCCCCUGCUCCUUCGGCUCCGCCUACAAUACCGCAACCAAAUCUGUACUCCCACGCCCAAUACUCCUACACGCCACCACCACAACAGCAGCAGAGUAAUACAUGGGGUAUGUCGUCCGUACCUCUACCACUACCACAGGCACAAUCCAUCUCACCUGCAUAUCCUUAUGAUCACAAUCAACAAAUACCAUACUACGCUCAACCGGCUUAUUAUACCCAAUCAUACGGUAAAUGGGGUCCUGUACCUGGUUCCGGGACAGGAGGAUAUCAAAACCCACCAUAG